AUGGCCCAGGAGUGGAGAGUUCUCAACAUGGAGCUGUAUGGGGUCAGCUGGACCAAGUCACCGCUCCAGGAUCAGCACCGGACACUUGACAGUCGAUGUGAGUCGAAACAGAGUGAUUCAGAUGGAAUUAAACAACGGCAGUCCGUGUCACGUCUGGCACCAGAGGGAGCACCUCGUCCCUGCGCCUCCACUCAGGAGGCCGAGCUACGAGUGGCCCUGGAGGAGAGUAGCCAGAGGAGGGCAGAGUUGGUCCAGAGGCUCCGUGAGGCCCAUGGUCAUCUGGAUGCGCAGACAGACCUGCUGAAGGAUAAGGACUCUCAGCUGCAGCACAGCCAGAGCAGCACCCAGCUACUGGAGCUUAAGCACAAGCAGCUGGCAGAAGCUGUGAGUGCUCUUGAGAAAGAGAAGGAGGCGGCAGAACUGAGUCGUUUUGAAGAGAGUCGUCGCCGUGCAGAACUGCAGGAUAAGGUGCUCCAGCUGGAAAUGGAUUUGUUGAAGAUGCGGUCUGCUUUAGAAAGAGGAACUCUCACUCAGCCCCAACGUCUGUUAGCACAAGCCCAGCUCAGUGCCUCAUCCCCUGUCUCACAAGAUGACUUCUGCGGAGAGAAGCAGGCAGAGAAGGAAGUGAAGAAGCUGAAAGAGGCUCUGACAGAAGCAGAGGAAAGAGCUCAGUCCCUGGAGGUGGAACGAGACCAAACACUCCAACAGCUCUGCUCAUCUAACGAGGCUCAGCUGACGAUGUUCAGGGAGCUGGAGGAAAUGAAGCAAAGAUUGAACACAUCCGUGCAGGAUCAGACAGAGCUGCAAGACCAGCUCAGUGACAGCCACAGUCGACUGGGCCAACUGGACCUGGAGAAAGAUCUUUUGUCCACUAAAGCACAGAGACUGGAGGACAGCCUGGAGGAUCUCAAGGCAAAACUAGCUGCAGCGCUAGCCGACAAAGACCGUCUUAUCCAGGAGAAAGCUGAUAUGCAUCAGCGUGUACAGGCUUUGGAACUGCAGCUUCACCGGGCUCAGAGAGGCAAAGAGGGCUUCAAUGAGCAAAUGUGUCAGCUGCAGCAUGAGCUGGAUCAGACCAAGACCCAGGCCAGUCAACAGCAGCGUGACAUGAUGCUUAUGACAGAAGAGCUGCUCUCUGUCAAACAACAAAAUGAGAAGCUGACUUCAGACAUGGCAACUGUUACUCAGAAACUAGAAGUGACUCUGAAACAGUUACAUGAACUUGAAGCAGAGAAGCUGAUCCACACCAAUCAGAUUGCUGCACUGGAGACAGAGCGCUCACAGCUGAUUGGAGAGAGGGAAGAGUUGCUGGACACGAUUGGUCUGGAGGAGCUGACAGAGCUGAGAAACCAAUGUCGUCUACUCAGAAAAUCACAAAGUGCUUUGCAUCGGGAUAAUCAGAAGCUACAGGCACACUGUCAAAGUCUGGAGGAGAAAAUGCUGCUGAGAGGGGCGGAGCUUCACACAAAGGAGGAGGAGCUUCAGCAUGCAAGAACAAAACUAGAGCAGGAGAGGGAGGAGCUCACGAGAGUGGCAGACCAUUGGCAUGAGAGGUGGAUGGACGCUGCGAUGAAACUACGUUCUAUGCAGGCACAGGAAGAGGAGGCUAAGCAAAAACAGCAGAAGGCCAGUCACGAGGAGGUAGAGGAGUUACCAGGGGUUGUGGAGUCACUUCAGAAAGAGCUACACAAAAGCCGAGAUGAGAUCCAGACUUUGAUUGGACAGAAAGUCAACCUGGAGACAGAGCUUGACAGACUGAAGAGGGAGGGUGGUGCUGUGGGAAGUGUGGAGAUGGACACUUGCAUGCGGGAGUUGGAGCUGGAGGGAAACAGAAGCCAGUCCCUGCUGCAAAGAUACAGAGGAAACACUGUAACUCUGGGGGAUAUGGAUGGGGAGUUGAUGCAGGUAAAGGCAGAGCUGCAGAACGUCUGGGACAUGCUGAGGACCAGAGAAGCUGAGCUGGAGGAGCAGCAACAAGAACUGCAGUCUGUCAGAGACCAGGUUUCCCAGCAGAGCAGUGAGGUACAAAGACUGGGGCAACAACUGACAGUCAGAGAACAAGAGCUGAAGGAAAAGGAGUAUGCUCUGAGGAAUCUAGAGAGCUUGAGGGACUCAGAGAAAGUGGAGACAGAGAAGAAAAUACUGGCUCUACGGCAGGAGCCCUACCUCUGUCUGGAGCUUGCCAGGCAGAAAGCGCCGGAGACUGAGGAGCGGCAGGAGAAUACUGGAGAAGAAAAGUGUGCCCAGGGAUCCCAGUCUCAGGAAAGCAGAGGUACAGCUGAGCAGAUGGAGCCUGUGAGCCAGCAGUCUCCACAGACACUGAACACAGUCAGACAGCUCCAGCAGAAGAAAACAAGGAGCGGACCUUUUCCUGAAAGCCAGAAAGAGGGAACUGUUAGGUCUGACAGCAUCGACCCAGAACAGCAGAGGAGACUGGUUACUGAACAGUUGAAGAGCCUGUUUAAGGAGAGGGAGCAGCUUAGGUCUCCAGGAGCUCAGAGGAGGGCAGGGGUUGUGCAAGACUGGGCCCCCAAAUCCAAACUCAACAAGAGUCAGAAUGCCCUGGAUACACCCAGCAGCCAAAAGGGGAGUCAACAGGAGAAGGAGGCCGAGCCUAGGGCAGUAGACAGGGCUGAGACUGGGGGAAAAAUUGAGGAGGUGCCAGGACCCCCAGAGAGACUCGAGUUACAGGAGAACGACACCGGACUCAUACAGGGGCAAAACAGCCAAAAUGUCCAGAUGACAGCAAUGAACAUGAAAAUGGAAACUCUAAAAGAGAGAAAUGAAAAUCUCAUGAAAGCAGCCAAGCUAAAGUUUGAGCAGCACAUCCAGCCUCUGAGGACAUCUGUACCACAUUCUGAGGAGAAAAGCUCUGCUCAUGCUGUGCUGAGUUUAUCUGAAUGUGCUGACAGGGGAGAAGGGGGAAGUGUAGAUAGGAAGUCAGCUCUCUGUGAGGUGGAUGGAAUGUUCUUAGCCACACAAGUGGAGGUUUUGGACUCAGAGGUGGAGGAUGAAGAGGAUGCGUAG